GGUUGGUUGAUGAGUGGCCACUGGGUGACGGCGGAAUUAACUGGCACAAAACUCUCCCAAGACAGGUGCAAGGCAAUUGGAGUCCAUCCAGCGGCUGUGAGGGCGAUUUAGCUAUUCUGAAUCCAAUCGCGGGGCGAAAUUCUGGAAGACAGUCUCAGGUUUCAGCCCACUGGGGAAGGGGCAUGAAGAACCGGAUUGUUUUCCAGGUGAGGAGCAGAGGACAGCCUUAGACAACCCGUUCCAAGAGCUUGAGGUGCAGCCAGUCCCGUCCUCCAAUCUUGCCCACUCUCAUCCCAAACUAGCUCUACAAAGCAGAGCUUCUGGUCUCUGUUUCAGCUAUGAAGGGAAUGAGGCGAAGAGAAGAUGAGUCACACAGUCCUUCAACUUCGGAGCCAAGACUAGACUCGGCUUUGCCCCACUCCCAAGCCAGGUUCUUUACCCCGUUUUGCUGAUGCGGAUGCAGAGGGGAUGAUGGCCUGUCCUUAGCAAAGACCAACCUUGACCCUGAACCUCCUGCGAUGGGCGGUCGGGACUACCCAUCCCCUCAUUGCCCGCCUACCCGGGAACUCCCGGGACCUGCUCCGGCAGCCUCUGGGAGGGGAGCAGGGCUACCCGCCCGCGUCAUCUGAUGCUGUUUCCUGCAGGAGGGAGAAGAGCGGAAAAAAGUGAAACUCCACCCUCCACCUCUGCCUCCCGCCCCCGGGGCCAAAGUACAAAGGGAGGAGGAAGAAGGGAACGGGGUUGGAGCCGUCGGGCUGAGGGAGCCGGGCUGGGAAGCGGCAGCUCGGCCCAACUAGGGACACUCCAGCCACCCCCUGCGCAAAAAGACCCAACCGGAGUCCAGGCGCUGCCCCUUGCUGGCCCCACCUUACACUUGGCGAGUGCCGGAGCCAGCCUCCCAGGACUGCUCCAGGACUGAGGGACUUUCGGGCCCCUCCAGGCUGGCCAUGGUGAGACGCCGGAGGCCCCGGGGUCCCACCCCCAGAGCCUGACCACACUGCCCUGGGUGGCCCUCUAGAAGCCCGAGAUGCGGGGGGCCGGGAGGCAAUACUCCUGGCUCCCCAGAGAGGUUUGGGUCUGGGGCUGAGGGCCAGGGCCCGGAUGCCCAGGUUCCGGGACUAGGGCCUUGGCAGCCAGCAGGGGUGGGGACCAGGGGCACCCAGGGAAGGUACCCCACUUGCCCCAGUAUCGGGUCCCAGCCAUGGAGCCCUUGAAGAACCUCUUUCUCAAGAGCCCGCUGGGGUCAUGGAACGGCAGCGGCAGUGGGGGCGGUGGGGGUGGCGGCGGAGGAGGCUGGCCAGAGGGGUCCCCGAAGACAGCGGCUUAUGCCAACCCUGUUUGGACAGCCCUGUUUGACUACGAACCCAAUGGGCAGGACGAACUGGCCCUGAGGAAGGGCGACCGUGUGGAGGUGCUGUCCCGGGAUGCAGCUAUCUCAGGCGAUGAGGGCUGGUGGGCGGGCCAGGUGGGCGGCCAGGUGGGCAUCUUUCCAUCCAACUAUGUGUCUCGGGGCGGUGGCCCGCCCCCCUGCGAGGUGGCCAGUUUCCAAGAGCUGCGGCUGGAGGAGGUGAUCGGCAUCGGUGGCUUCGGCAAGGUCUACCGCGGCAGCUGGCGAGGUGAACUGGUGGCUGUGAAGGCAGCUCGCCAGGACCCCGAUGAGGACAUCAGUGUGACAGCUGAGAGCGUGCGCCAGGAGGCCCGGCUUUUCGCCAUGCUGGCACACCCCAACAUCAUUGCCCUCAAGGCCGUGUGCCUAGAGGAGCCCAACCUGUGCUUGGUGAUGGAGUAUGCGGCCGGUGGGCCCCUCAGCCGUGCCCUGGCUGGGCGACGUGUGCCCCCGCAUGUUCUGGUCAACUGGGCUGUGCAAAUUGCCCGCGGGAUGCACUACCUGCACUGUGAGGCCCUGGUGCCCGUCAUCCACCGAGACCUCAAGUCCAACAACAUUCUGCUGCUGCAGCCCAUUGAAGGUGAUGACAUGGACCACAAGACCCUGAAGAUCACUGACUUCGGACUGGCCCGAGAGUGGCACAAAACCACACAAAUGAGUGCUGCGGGCACCUAUGCCUGGAUGGCCCCUGAGGUUAUCAAGGCCUCCACUUUCUCUAAGGGCAGCGAUGUCUGGAGUUUUGGGGUGCUGCUGUGGGAGUUGCUGACUGGGGAGGUGCCCUACCGUGGUAUCGACUGCCUUGCUGUAGCCUACGGAGUAGCUGUCAACAAGCUCACACUGCCCAUCCCAUCCACCUGCCCUGAGCCCUUCGCACAGCUCAUGGCAGACUGCUGGGCGCAGGACCCCCACCGCAGGCCCGACUUUGCCUCCAUCCUGCAGCAGCUGGAGGCGCUAGAGGCGCAGGUCCUGCGGGAAAUGCCGCGGGACUCCUUCCAUUCCAUGCAGGAAGGCUGGAAGCGUGAGAUCCAAGGCCUUUUCGACGAACUGCGGGCCAAGGAAAAGGAACUUCUGAGCCGCGAGGAGGAGCUGACCCGCGCGGCGCGUGAGCAGCGGUCACAGGCAGAGCAGCUACGGCGGCGCGAGCACCUGCUGGCUCAGUGGGAGCUGGAGGUGUUCGAGCGCGAGCUGACGCUGCUGCUGCAGCAGGUGGACCGGGAGCGGCCGCACGUGCGCCGCCGCCGCGGCACCUUCAAGCGCAGCAAGCUCCGCGCGCGAGACGGCGGCGAGCGCAUCAGCAUGCCCCUCGACUUCAAACACCGCAUCACCGUGCAGGCCUCACCCGGCCUGGACCGGAGGAGAAACGUCUUCGAGGUUGGGGCUGGGGACUCGCCCACCUUCCCCCGGUUCCGGGCCAUCCAGUUGGAGCCUGCUGAACCAGGCCAGGCAUGGGGCCGCCAGUCCCCUAGACGUCUGGAGGACUCCAGCAACGGAGAGCGGCGAGCAUGCUGGGCCUGGGGCCCCAGUUCCCCCAAGCCUGGGGAAGCUCAGAAUGGGAGGAGAAGGUCCCGCUUGGACGAAGCCACGUGGUACCUGGAUUCAGAUGACUCAUCCUCCUUGGGAUCUCCUUCUACACCCCCAAUGCUCAAUGGUAACCCCCCGCGGCCGAGCCCGGAGCCCGAGGAGCCUCGGCGCCCAGGCCCCGCGGAGCGCGGUAGCGGCUCCGGGACGCCCAAGCUGAUCCAGCGCGCGCUGCUGCGCGGCACAGCCCUGCUCGCCUCCCUGGGCCUGGGCCGCGACCUGCAGCCGCCGUCGCCGUCGCCAUCGCCGUCGCCGUCGCCAGGUGGCCCGGGCCGCGAACGUGGGGAGCCCUCGCCAAUGCCCCGCGCGCCGCUGCCUACACCGUCAGCCGCCGAGCCACCCCCCUCCCAGCUCAUCCGCUUCUCCCCCAAGAGGCCCGACGCCCCCGCCUCCCCGCUGAGCCCAGACGCCCCCGGCCCGCCCACCCCUGCGCCCCUGCUGCUGGAACUGGGAGUCCCCGUGGGCCAGCUGUCAGCCAAGAGCCCCCGUCGCGAGGAGGAGAGGCGCGGAAGUGCUGUCUCACCGCCGCCAGGGAUAUCCCGCUCUGCUCCUGGCACCCCAGGCACCCCACGCUCACCGCCCCUGGGCCUCAUCAGCCGACCUCGACCCUCACCCCUUCGCAGCCGCAUCGACCCGUGGAGCUUCGUGUCAGCCGGGCCACGGCCUUCGCCUUUGUCCUCGCCACAGCCUGCGCCCCGCCGGGCACCCUGGACCUUGUUCCCGGACUCGGACCCCUUCUGGGACUCUCCACCUGCCAACCCCUUCCGGGGGGGCCCUCAGGACUGCAGGGCACAGACCAAAGACAUAGGUGCCCAGGCCCCGUGGGCGCCAGAGGCAGGGCCCUGAGUGGGCUGGGCUGCUCCCCCAGGCUCCAGCUGCCCUACAGGAGCCACAGUAUACACUGGAACAGGAGCCGGGCGAGCCUCUGUAGCUGCCUUGGUUUCCCCCAGGGACCCCACCCCCUUUGGGGGUCAGGAACACUACACUGCACAGGAAGCCUUCACACUGGAGGGGGGGAGCCUGCACCCCCCCCACACCUGCAACCUGUGGGUCCCCCGACUCAUCUGCCCCGUUGGGGCCCAACACUGUACCCAGCUGGUUGGGAGGACCAGAGCCUGUCUCAGGGAAUCGCCCCCAGGGGUGGUGCAGGAAGGAGGGGAAGUACAGGGGAGAGGGGCUGGCCUCGGCUGUCACCAGCACUCUUGACCAAGCCCUGCUACUGUGCCCCCCCCCCGGGGCUUAGUGCCCGGAUGCCCCCACCCCUGCCCUGGGGGUCCUCUGGGGCCAGGACUCUCUGGGUGCCCUCCUGCCGCCCCGGCCAGGGUUGGGGCCUCGGCCUCAGGAUCCUAUGAAGCCAAAUAAACUCCCCGAGCUGUC